GUUCAAUCAAGAAUUCAGUGAAAUAUGCAGACUUUGCUUGAAGCAGGAGGAUGUUAUGGAAUCAAUUUUCCAAACGAUUGAUGGGGAAGACACAGAAUUUUCACUCGCUCAAAGAAUUUCUACCAUUGCACGGGUGCAGGUGGGUGUGGCCACGUUCACUUCAUCGAGCAAACGCAUCUUAUUGCGAGCUGCACGCGCCCGCGGGAUGCGUUUGUGCUAAAAACGAAAGGCACUUUACAUCAUAUUUAAUUGAUCGGAUUUACGUACAAGCGUAUGUUCACGAAGAUGAUGGAUUACCCACGCUCAUUUGUGGCACAUGUCGUCACCAGGUCGAGAAAUCCUACAACUUUCGCCUGCUCGUCGAAAUCUCUGAUCGCACACUACGCAACUGUUUGGAGGGACCUCAGGUCGAGACUUCGGAACAGAUGAUCAAGCAAGAACUAUCUGAUCCAAAUGUAGAUUCUGCAGAUGAGGAAAACGUCGGUCUGGAGCAUUUUUUUUUAGACACCAAUUUAACCGAAUCUGACAUAGAUCCAAGAGCAAUUAACGUUAUUCUAGUACAGUCUGAAGAUGGCACUAGAGUAUUAAAUAUAUGCAGUAUCAACGAUUCUCAAGAUACUGAGAAUUUGGAAGGGACGGCAUCUGUUAAAAAUGAGUAUUCAGUAAGCUCGGAACAAGAAGAAGAUGCUACGAUGUUCCAAGUCUUGGAACAGGAUGAAAGAAGAUCAGAGCCAAACGAUUUAGAAGAUAAUCAACAGUUAACGAGCCCUAAAAAAAUCUAUCUUCAAGAUUUAGAACCUCAGCUGCAAUCAGUCCACCCUUGCAACAAAUGUGAUAAAUUUUUUUCAACUGACGAAGAUUUGGAUACUCAUUUCACAAUUGGACAUGAAGAUGAUAAUGAAUAUCUCGACACAUCAGAUAUUGAAAUCAGAUGCCAAUUGUGUUUUGAUGCGUUUGAGUCAUUGGAAGAUCUGAAAAAUCAUGUUAUUGAACAUUUCGCCAACGGCAGAAGACUGAGUACCGUUAAAUCAGAGACAUAUAUUCCUAGUGCAGGAGAAGAAAUGUGCGACGUCAUUGAAACAAUUACUGACAACGAUUCUGAUUAUGUAUUGGGAGUACCAAAGAGUGAGGAAGCAGAAGUAAUAACACAGAAUCAUUAUGGAAACAAGAUUACAGGUCCCACUGUCGAAGAUGGAUUGAUUGAAAUCAGUAUUGAUAACAUUAGUGAACAUAGUUCUCAACCGAAUAGUCAUAAGGAUGGUGAUUCAUUAGACGUAGAAUUAGAGUUAGGCUUAGAUAAUAAUACCGAAUAUCAGUCUGACAUUUUUUAUUGCGUUGGAGAGUACUUGCCUGACCUUGUAAAGGUACGAUCUACCGGUAAUUUUCCCUGUACACAAUGUGAUAAAACGUUUACGCAAAAGCAUGAACAAACUUUACAUCUAAGGAGACAUCUCGGUGUUAAACCCUUUAAGUGUACUUCUUGCGAUGAAACUUUCAUAACAAAUGCUUUGAGGAAAGAACAUGAACGAGGCCACACUGGAGAAAAAGGGUUUGUCUGCGUGGUUUGUGGUAAAAGCUUUGUUAAAAAGUCUGAAUUAAAAUAUCACGAAGGCGUUCAUACUGAUACUCCAUCAACUUGUAAUAUUUGCAACAAAGAAUUUACUAAUGUACAAUCUCUAAAAAUGCACACAAAGCGACAUAUUUUAGGUAGUAGGUACGUUUGCGAGACAUGUGGCAAAAGUUAUUAUACUAAUUCUGAACUUGCCAGGCAUGUACAGAUGCAUUCAGGCAAACGUGAAUAUCCUUGCCAUCUCUGCGAAACUUCGUUCCUUUCACGUCCAGAAUUGAAUAGACAUCUGCGAUAUCAUAUCGGAGAAAAAACAUUUCGAUGCAAAAUUUGCUUCAAGUCUUAUUUCGAGUCAGGUCAUUUGAAAAUACACGAAAGGGUGCAUACAGGCGAAAAGCCUUACGUCUGUACAGUUUGCAAUAAAGCUUUUGUAACCAAACCGAAAUUAGUAAGGCACCAGAAAAUUCAUGCGAAAGAACAAAUUAUGAAAUGUGAUAUCAAUGAUCAGCAACAAAUAAUGACUGAAGAUACAUGAUCGAAAACAAUCUCGUAAUGAAUCUUGCAUAUAUAUAUAUAUAUAUACGCAUAUAAUAUUUUCUCAUUGGAGGUAACUGACCGUUGAAUCAAAAGCAUGAAAUUCAUUUUAAACCGAAGAAGAUUCAGUUAGUAUAAACAAGGUGGCCAUAGAUCGGAAGAACCUAUAAAAUCUGGAAAAGUCGUGAAAUUUUCAGAAGUACAUGGAAGGACAACAUCAAUUGUGGUUAGAGAAUGAAGAAAAUACUAGUUGUUCUAAUCUAUAAAAGUUGAAAUCAUCCACUGAUUCCGCUGUGGAAUAUGAGGAAAAUGAACCACUCGAAAAUUUAACGUUUAACGAGUUCUUACAUAGUAAUUUUGCAAAGUGGUGGAUAAUAUGUAACUUUCAUCGCAAUUCUUCACACUUUUAUGAAGCACUAUUAGUGAAAUGUUAAUGAAAAGUUACAGGUGUUUGAGUUUUAUUGCGACGUCAUAAUUCGGAAUAUACAAUUGGGAAUAACUUUGAGACUACAUCUGAAUACACUUUGCAAUUAAAUUUGAAUGUUCACAUAUGGUAAAAGGUACAAUUAUUGAUAUACUGCGGAUAAUCUAAGUUGUUAUUAAUAAAUUUCGAAUCAUGUUUUCACACGUAGGUUUGGCUGUCUCAAUCCCUUCAUCUUGUCAAUAAUUAUAGGGAUGCCAUUAACUGAACUUCUUAGCCCAUAUCCGGAAAAAAUUUGGAGAAGUACUUCGUUUUAAAGUACUGAUUGUGAGUGGAAAGUAUUAAAAAACCUUGAAAAGACAGAAAUAUUUUUUCUUGGUAUUUGUGGCCACCGCCUAAAUCGUCUGUGAAAGUAUGUUUACAACGUAUCUAUAAUUUAAUCUCAGUAUAUUACUAAUUAUCAAACCGUGAGUUGAUUAUCAUGCGAGUUUCCAAAGAUAUUGUACAAUCGGCAGUAAUUGCUCAAUACUCAUUAUGUAAGUUUAAUCUGUUAGGAGUGAGAAUUGAAUUUAAAAAAAUCAAGUUUAUUUUUUUGUUUUUUGCGUCGUAUAGUUUUGGUGUAAUUGAGAUAAAGCUGAAACUAGUAACGUUAUUGAAUUUUCACGUUUCCGAAAAAUCGUUAUUUUGCAAUCUCAGAAACGUGUGAAAAGUAGUAAACCAUAAUAAAUUAAAGCCAAGCAUAUUCAUAUUUUGAAAACGACCACUUCAGUCACUAUGUGAGAUUGCAAAAUAGUGAUUUUUCCCCACAAUGUUUCGUUACGUUAACGUUACUAACUGCGCCCUCAUUAAUUGAGUAUUAAUUUAUUGACCAGGUGGGUUGAUUUUGACCAAUAAAAUUUAUCCCUAAAUCAAUAUCUUUUUGAAUGAGUGAUGUAA